AUGUCAUCAGUUACCGUGCACGUGGCUUUGCUGAGUGGUGAGCAGACUACCAUCGUCCUGCCGUGGCUCGCCACGAUUGAAGAGCUGCGCCAAAUGGCCCAGGAGGAGGUCAGCAAGAGCCUCGGGAAACUCGUUAGCAGCUCAGGCGCAGUCCUGCUGCCAUCAGAUACACUGCAACAAGCAGGCGUGCAAGCUUACGAUGUCAUCACGGCAGUCGUUCGGGACGUGGUGAUCGCAGCAACGAAGCAUGCAUUUGCAGCGAUCCUUAGCAGUGGCACCGUAGUGGCGUGGGGAGCCCGGCACGCCGGCGGUGAUUGCAGUGCAGUUCAGCAUCAGCUGCAGAAUGUGCAACAGAUCCAGUCAUCUGCGUUUGCCUUCGCUGUCUACGACGCCGGGUGGGGCUUCGCAGCCAUCAAAGCCGGCGGCCGGGUUGUGUUCUGGGGCUUGACGGGAGAUGGUGAGCAAUCUACUGGGCUUGACAUCAUUGAUUUCUUCCAGGCGGGUGGUAAUUAUUGGGCUGCUGCCACAAAAGACGGGCACUUGGCGCUUAGCUUUGAGUCAGUCAGCGGCCAUGGGUGCAUGCUGGUCCCAGACGGUGCUGGUGCAGCUGGUAUGAUGCGCCUUGAUACGGCCAUCGCUGUGGUUCAGCCGGAUGGAACGGUGCGACUUUGGGGCGACAGCCGAGCUUGCGAAUGGGGUAGACCAAAGAAGCCCAGCAAGCAGAUUCCCAGAGUCAAGCCGCUGGCUAAGACUGCCCGGGCCAAUGCCAAGUCGGUGGUGAAGAGGCAGAAGGUGUCUCCUCGCCACUCCUUGGUCUUCCGCACUCACCUGCACGUGCUGUGGCACCUGGGCAAGACGGGCCUCCCCGAGGAGGAGGCGGCGGUGGCGGCGGCGCAUGCGGAGGCAGCCUGCCACUUUGCCCUCUCUGCGGUCGGCGACCACGCUGACCGCCACGAGCUAGAUUGCGAGGAGGAGUCCUGGAUGGGAUUCUGCAAAGCUCAUUACGUGAUUCGCUUUUCUUCAGAGCCCUGCGCCGUCCCAGCCGGAGGGGCACCCCCCCGCGCCGCACUCCGAGUGGCGGCCUUCGGCAGUGCAAGCGAAUCCCUGCAGGACCGUGUCCACGGCUGCCCGCUGCAGACCGGGGGGAGGCUCUGGGUCUCCGAGCUGCUCCUGGCUCGCGAGCUCCUGGCGCGGCCACUGGCGGGGCAGGUGGUGCUGGAGCUGGGGUGCGGUGUGGGUGUUGCUGGAAUUGCCGCGGCCAGCCGCGCUGCAGGAUGCAUCCUCACCGACGUGGAGCCUGGUGUCCUUGAAGCAGCGGCCUUGAACCUGAGAUACACUGGUGGCCCGGCGUGCGCCGGGAAGGUGGAGCUGCUGGACCUCCGCAACUUGGAAGCCGUCAGCUGCCUCGCGCUGGCCUGCAGGGCCACGGUGGUCAUCGCCGCCGACCUCAUCUACGGCGCUGUCUCACAGGAGGAGGUCGCGCGCGCAGUGCGUGCGGCACUGCCGCAUGGUGGAUCGGCGCUUCUCCUCAUGCCGCAGCACUACCGCCCUGGCAUGGAAAAGGAUGGCUUUGGCCAGGCCUUAGUGUCUGCUGGCAUGGAGACGGUGUCGGCUCUUCGAUUGCAAGGGCGAGGGUUUUGGGUUUAG